AUAAAGUACCAGUUCUUUAUAUCAUCUCAAGAACCUACACAUAGUCAUAUUAUAAGGUAUUGUGCAUUUAUUCAUUGUCUUAUCUUUUUCAGAAAUAGACUGAAAAAUGUUUAAGAAGAAAGGAAAGAAGAUAGAAAUCUCUACACCAUCCAACUUUGAGCAUCGUGUGCACACUGGCUUUGACAGGGAUCAAGGGAAGUAUGUAGGCCUCCCCCCACAAUGGACUGGCAUUAUCAUACCAGAGGAAAAUGAUCGACGUAAACCCAUCAUAGAUCCAUCCACCAUUACACAGACAGAGAUCCUCCCUCUAAAGACAAUUAUCAGAGGUCAUUCCACACAACAAUUAAAUGGCUUUGCUCCAUCAGACAGUAAAAUUUCUGUGGCGAGGUCCAACUCUUUACGGCAGAGCAGCCCACCACCACAGAGACAGAGGUACGUUCCUGACAACAUGUAUCCACCUGUACCUGAGAAUGAUAUGCCUCCUCAGCGAGGAAUGCAGAAUCCUUAUGGACAGCGCCCAGGAUAUGGUCAGUCACAGUACAGACAGGAUGGGGGCACCCUGAACCGACAAGACCCACAAUAUGAUCGGCGUCACCCACAGGACAAGGAGCCCCGUAGAGAGUACAGAGAUCCCUGGGAUAGGGAUCCUAGGGAUGGGAAUCCCCGUGACCCAAGGGACAUGCAUGACCAAAGAAACAUGCGUGACCCUAGAGACAUUCCCCCAGAGUAUCGUGGAGGUCCUCCUCCCGGUAACAACUACAGACCAGACGGCACAAUGGAGCGAGAUAGGAGAUCUGAGGACAGUUAUGAUAGACGGCAAAAUGACUCUUUUGAAAGGAAACAUAACGAAUCUUUUGAUAGUAGGCGAAACAACGAAUCAUUUGAACGCCGACAUAAUGACUCAUUUGCUUCCGAUGGUUAUCGUGACAGACCACCUCAAAACAUGCCACACCCCAAUGCCAAAUACAAUCAAAUGCCAGCAAAUGGUGGCCACAGCCCCUCGGCCUAUCCGCAGGAUGACCACAGGCACAAUCAGUUGUCUAAUGGAAACUCUAUGCACCCUCAGGGUGGCCCCCAGCGACACCAUCCCUCACAACACCACCCUGACAUGCCGUAUGGUGCACAGAAGUCCACAGCAGGACUACAGUACGAACGGGUAAGUUUACAACGAUAUGUCAAUGUAAUGUGUGUGUUAAUGUGUCCUGUUUUGAGGCAUGAAUCCCUAUGCAGUUUAAUUUGAUAUGUGUACUUAAUUGCUUUCAAUGGAAAUCUAUCUGAUUCAGGAUAUAU